AAAAGAAGCAGUGGUGCAGUGAGAUGAGAGCGCGAACAAAAGCUGGACUCCUACAAGAAACAAACAAAGACAGUGGUUUGCACUUUUUACAGAGACGAAUCAAUCACGUUAGGCCAACACCGGAAUUUCACCAGCCAAUUUCUGACGUGUAGACAACCAAUAACCAUUUUCCUCAUUCGCAAUCAUCGAUUUGCGAAUUCCGUUUCGUUCUUCCAUGGCGCUGCGAAACGGCAGCAGAAAAAUUUCCUUCGAGGUUCUCAGCAUCGAUGGCGAAUCGGAAUCAAACGAACACAGCCGCAGGAAACGCAGGCAUCGCGCCUCCAAGCGCAAGAAGAAGCUUCUUGAUCGCGCGGAUUCCGUCGAUCCGCAUAUAGAGCCUCUGGAAAACGGAGGAGCCUGCAACGGAUUCGAGCUGGACGCUAAUAGGUAUAGCGCUGGCGGAGGGAGCGUCGUUUACGAGGAGGUGCGAGAGGCGAGUGUGUGCGCGGUUGUGGAUGCGCGUGAGGCGGAGAGUGAGGCACCGACGGCGGUGCGCGGUGGCAUCGAGGGGUUUAAUUUUGGGAAAUUGAGGCAGAGGAACGUGAGUUGUGGGAGUUCCGAUGAGUUUCCGACUUCGGUGGUGCGCGAUGAGAAGGAGGAGGGUGGUGUGAAUGCGAGUCCAGUGGAGAAACCGACGAACGAGCCUGAUAGGAAUGUGGCUACAAAAUUGGAGACCGUGGAGUCGUUGGACUGGAAGCGUCUCAUGGAGGAAGAUCCGAAUUACGUAUUUUCAGUGGAAAAGUCUCCUGUAACGUACUUUUUGGAGGAAAUGUACAAUGGAAAUUCCUUACGGAGCACAACAACUCUUGGGAAUGAAAAAGAACGAGAAAGAGUUUAUGAUACUAUCUUCCGCCUGCCCUGGAGAUGUGAAUUGCUUAUAGAUGUUGGCUUCUUUGUCUGCUUCGAUUCAUUUCUUUCAUUAUUAACUGUUAUGCCAGCAAGGAUCACGAUGGCCAUCUGGAGGAUUCUAAAGACAAGGCAGUUCAAGAGGCUAUCAACAAUGGAAAUUUCAGAUUUUGGAUGUUUUCUCAUUAUGACCUGUGGAGUGGUUCUUUUGCAACGAACAGAUAUCAGCUUAAUAUAUCAUAUGAUCCGUGGUCAAGGAACAAUAAAGUUAUAUGUGGUCUACAAUGUUUUAGAGAUAUUUGAUAAACUAUGUCAAAGUUUUAAUGGGGAUGUGUUGCAAACGUUAUUUCUUUCUGCUGAAGGACUUGCGAAUUGUCCCCAAGAAAGCAUUCGAUUCUGGAUUUGGAGAUUUGUUUCUGACCAAGCUUUAGCUGUGGUUGCUUCAAUUGUUCAUUCUUUUAUCUUAUUAGCUCAGGCAAUCACUUUAUCAACAUGUAUAGUUGCUCACAACAAUGCUCUGUUGGCAUUGCUGGUGUCAAAUAAUUUUGCUGAGAUCAAAAGUAAUGUGUUCAAGCGAUACAGCAUGGAUAAUGUUCACAGUUUAGUUUACUUUGAUUCCGUAGAGAGAUUCCACAUUUCAUCAUUUAUCUUAUUCGUCUUGGCUCAAAAUAUUCUGGAGGCAGAGGGUCCCUGGUUUCAAAGUUUUCUUAUUAAUAUCCUCUUGGUUUAUGUAUGUGAAAUGGUUAUUGAUAUUAUCAAGCAUUCAUUCAUUGCUAAAUUCAAUGACAUUAAGCCCAUCGCAUACUCCGAGUUCCUCGAAGACCUAUGUAAACAGACUCUAAAUAUGCAAACUGAGGGCGCAAAGAAAAACCUGACUUUUGUUCCCCUAGCCCCAGCAUGCGUGGUUAUACGAGUUCUGACUCCAGUAUAUUCUGCAAACCUUCCUAACAAUCCCCUUCCAUGGAGGCUUUUCUGGAUUCUGCUUUUUUCAGCAAUGACCUAUGUUAUGCUUACAAGCCUUAAGCUCCUCAUUGGCAUUGGCUUACACCAGCAUGCCACUUGGUAUGUUAAUCGCUGCAGAAGGAGGAAACAUCAUUUUCAUGAAGAUUAGUUUGGAAGGGAAACAAUACUGCUGUAUUGAGUCAACAUGAUCUGUUUGCCCAAGCAUUCCUCCACUCAGCCCGAAGAACAUUUUCUGAAAGAUCACACAGGGAGAUAACAUUCAGGAUUACUUGACUCCGAAUUAUCAUUGGUGCGUGGCACAAACGAGAACAACUUUGGUUUAUAUCUGGAAGUUGUACUUUUGGUUUAUAGGUUGAAGGUGACCCAUAGAUGGUUUCCCUUUUCAAUUUUGACAGCAAGUUAUAGAUUGAGUAUUACAGAGUAAUAAUAAAGUGUUAUAUAUAGGCUUGCAUAAUUUCAAUGAAAUGUAAUCACCUCCACUCAA